UUUAUUAUUAUGCUGCUGCUGGAAGCCAUAGGUCUUCAGUCAAACUGAGGAAUAUUUGCGUAACAUUUACACGGCAAAACAAAGAAGAUAAUGAAGGUUUUUAUUCGCACUGUUUUGCUACUCGUUUUUGUUAGCGCAGUCAUCUCUCGUAGAAAAAGUGUAACCAGCACAAAUAAUUGUGCGUCACGUGAGAUGGAUCUGGCUAUCGUCAUAGAUGGUACCAUCACCAUGGGUUACGAACCUUUUGAAAUACAGCGAGAUUUCAUUAGUAGCAUCUUGUCCAGGAUGGAUUUUGGACCGCGUGCUACGCAGGUGGCGAUAAUUCAAAUCGGUGACAAGCGGAAUACUAAGGUUGAAGUGGAGAUGGGCACGCAUGGCUCGCGGUCUCAAGUUCUUGCUAAAAUCGCCACGAUUUACAAUCAUCAAAGUCGACGAUCACUCACUGGGUUGGCUUUGUACUUGGCUGAGCAACAGUUAUUUGGUGGUGAUGGGGGUGGGAUGGCGCGUCCCGGUGUCAACAAAGUCCUGUUGCUUAUUACCGACGGCAAAGCAGUGGACGAAGCCAAAGCGUAUCAGGUCAUAAAACGUUUGAAGGAUGAAAACGUACGAAUUAUAACAAUAGCGGUUGGAUCGUCUUUUGACUAUAUUAAACGAUUCAGAUACUUUGUAAGAUCACUUGCAAGCGGAUUCAAGCAAGCGUUCAAAGUGGAGAAAGACAAUUUGAGCACAAUUAUAGACAACGUUGCAUUUCAACUUUGUAAUGUUGAAAAAAUACCUGUACCUCCCUUGAAUAAAGCUGAAUUGAAACAAAAGUGUUUUCAAGAAAAGAAAGAUAUUUUUGUUGCUCUGGACGGAUCAAAGGCUGUUAGCAAGAGCAUCUUUGACAAGGCGUUGGAUUUUGUCGCAAAAGUGUGUGCGCAAUUGGACAUUAGUGAAUCACUCGUUCACGUUGGCAUGCUUCAGUAUAGUGACGAAAUAAACACAAGGAUGGAGUUUGGUCUUAAUCAAUAUACAACAUAUUAUCAUGUGAAUCAAUCGUUGCAGAACGUAUUUCAAUCUCAAGGCGACACUGCUGAUUUGAAAAAUGCUUUUAGCAUUAUCGACAAACAGGUUUUCAACGGUAACAACGGUGAUCGUAUGAGCGCUGAGGAUUACUUAUUGCUGUUUUUGAACGGCGGCUUGAAUCAGAAUGAUACUAUCCUAAAAGAAGUUAAAAAAUUGAAGAGAAAAGGUGUUCACGUGAUCAUCAUUGGGUUGACACGUGAAAACGACGACAUUGCAGAAUUUUAUGAAAAAGUUGCUUUGUAUCCAAGCGAUGUGAACUUUAUCGACACUGUAGUAUUGAAACAUGUUGUUGCUGAUCUGACUGCAAUAAGUUGUCGUAAAGUGAACUGUGAAAGUAAAAGGAAACCUGAGAUCAAGAAUGAAGAUAAUGAAGAUGACGAAUCAGUGUGUAAACAAAAUUCCCAGGAUGUCCUGUUUAUGAUAGACACUACAAAAGAAAUGAGUAAAUAUUUCAGGAAAACAUUAAGAUUUUUUUCCAAAAUCGUGAAACGACUUGAUAUCGCUGCAACCCGUACGGAAAUUGGUUUAAUGGCGUUUGGUGAACGGAGAAAUGAUAUAAAAAUACCGAUGGGCUCACUCAAGUUUGAACAAGAUAUAGACUAUAAAAUAUCAAGUACAUCACAAAGUGAACGUUGGCGAUAUUUUGUUGACAUAGCCAGUGCUUUGAAAAAAGUUAACAAACAGAUCUUCAAUACGCCAACUGGCGGUCAUCGUACGUACGCAACAGAUCUAAUAGUGAUAGCAACACGAGGUAAGGUAAAGUAUUCCACCAGAAAGAAGAUAAAAGAACAAGUAAAGUUACUUCACGAUAAAGGUGUCCGUGUUGUAACAAUAAAUGUUGCCUACAAGAACACAAUGGACGUUCAUUAUCUCAACGUAUUGCACAAUAUUGCUUCCUCUGCAAAGGAUGUUUAUCCGAUGGACUUUCGUCGUGUCAGUAUGAUCUCACAGUCUCUGAAACAUAUUAAAUGCAAAAAUGAAAAGAAAAUCGUUCCUGAGCAAUGUUUUCUCAAAGCUCGUAGGGUGUACUUCAUGUUAGAUUCCUCACUUGGUCUGUCAAGAAGAGAACUGCCAUUUGUUGUGGGUUUUAUCGAGGACAUUGUCAGACAAUUCUAUAGAAAUCCAGACAAUAUUGAGAUUGGUCUGCUGCUUUACAGCGAUAGCAACAUGAAGUACGUUCUUCAUCUCAAGAAAUGGUCACUUCGGUACGUCCUGUUCAAGCUGCGAUAUUUAAAGUACCAAUAUCGCCAGGGAACAAGAAACUAUUUGGGUUAUGCGUUAAAGAGAGUUGUAAAGAAAAUGAACCAACAGCCGCUUGAUGUUAGAGAACGUGUGAUCGUUUUAAUCACACAUAGUCAGCCUGCCGAUCAGGAAAAAGCGUUCAAAAUGAGUGAAAGACUUCGCGACAAUAAUAUUCAACUUGUUACGGUCGUCAUGUACACAAAGAAGAGAUUGGCUAGUCUCAAUCCAUACUACAGAGCUUUGGCUGCAUCAAGAGCAAGUGCUCAUAGCGUUGAUAUCUACUCUCUUGUUACUCCAAGCAUGGACGUCGUUCUUGAUAUCUGCGAGUUUAAUUCGUGUCCUAAAGACACAACGAAAGAUUGCACACCAGAAAAACAAGAUGUCUUUAUGCUCAUCGAUGGUUCAAGAAGUAUAGGCCGUACUACUUUUCCUAAAUUAAGGCAAUUUGUACGCAAACUUGUGAACAAGUUGGACAUAUCCAGUGAGCGAACACGUGUGGGGAUAUUACAGGCUAGUGAUCGCGUAAAUACUCAAUACGAGAUGAAACUGGGCGAAUAUACGGAUGCUAAUGCAAUCAAAGGUGUGAUCAGUGAAAUGGGAUAUCACGAAGGAUCAACAUCUUAUAUUGGUAGAGGAUUAGAAAUGGCUAUGCUUGAUAAUCUUUUCAACUUUACCGGCAGCAAUUCACCACAAAGUAUUAACGGCAACAUUGACAGAGCAGACGCCGAAAAUAUUUUAAUGAUUUACUCCGACGGCCUGUUCCACGACGAGAGAUUGGCCAUGAGAAAUAUCGAGGCUCUCAAGAAACAUGGCGUUCGUAUUGUUGUGCUAGGACUGGGACCCCAAUCACGAAAGCGCCAGGCUAAGAAUUUCCUCGAAAGGGCCGCCUCGAGUCGAUCUGAUGUGUAUCUUGUAAAUUUAAACAAAGCCAGUUUGGAGGUCGAAGAAGAAUUAAAUGAAGUUGCACAACAUGUAACUACGUUGAAUUGUGUCAAUAUUUACAAACAGCCAGUGCAGUGUUCGCCAGAAUCUCUAGAUUUGUUUGUCCUCAUUGACGGAUCCAGGAGUGUCGGUUAUGAAAAUUUUGGUAAAGUAAAGAAGUUCUUAAAAAAAUUAUCUAAGGAAUUUCUCAUCGGUAAAAACAAUGCGCGUUUUGGUGUGAUGCAAUAUGGGCACAAAUCUAACCCAAGACAAGGUGUUACACGAAUAGAAUUUAACCUCACGCGAUAUAAAAGCAAUAAAGAAGUCUCUAAUGCAAUUAAAAAGAUGAAGUUUCUCGAUUCUGCCUAUACGCACACUGGUAACGCUUUGUCAAUCAUCAACAAAAAGAUAUUUAAUGGCAAAGAUGGUGAUCGUCCAAAGAUACCAAAUAUAUUGAUCCUGUUCACUGACGGAAUAGCUCAUGAUCACAGCUUAGCCGUAACUGAGGCGACUGAUAUUAAAAGUAAAGGCACUCGCAUCAUAACUAUUGCUGCAGGCAAGAAUGAAGUCAGAGACAGAGACAAUAUAUUUCAAAAAAUAAAGGAGCUUGCUUCCAAACCAGAAGAUGCGCACAGAUCAAAUUUUGAUAAACUAUCUGGUAUCGUGGAAGAUCUUGUUGAUGUCGUGUGCUCAUAGAUGUCCUUGUCGUAUUAUCAUAUAUACCUUUGUAAUAUGCUCCUUGUGCUCAUAGAUAUCCUUCUCGUAUUCUCAUAUAUACCUUUCUAAUGUGCUCUUUGUGCUCAUAGAUAUCCUUGUUGUAUUCUCUUAUAUACCUUUCUAAUAUGCUCCUUGUGCUCUCAGAUAUCCUUGUCGUAUUCUCAUAUACACCUCUCUAAUAAGCUCCUUGUGCUCACAGAUAUCCUUGUCGUAUUAUCAUAUAUACCUCUUUAAUAUGCUCCUUGUGCUCACAGAUAUCCUUGUCGUAUUCUCAUAUAAACCUCUUUAAUAUGCUCCUUGUGCUCACAGAUAUCCUUGUCGUAUUCUCAUAUAUACCUCUUUAAUAUGCUCCUUGUGCUCACAGAUAUCCUUAUCGUAUUCUCAUAUAAACCUCUUUAAUAUGCUCCUUGUGCUCACAGAUAUCCUUCUCGUAUUCUCAUAUAUACCUCUUUAAUAUGCUCCUUGUGCUCACAGAUAUCCUCGUAUUCUCAUAUAUACCUUUGUAGAAUGCUCAAUGAUCAUAGAUAUCUUUCUCUUAUGUUUGUAGGUACCUUUCUCCUGUGCUUGUAGAUUCCAUUGUCGUGUUUUUAUCAUAAUUGCUGUGCAAUGUAAAUUUUCAAAGCAAAUUUUCUACGUCAGUAUUGUAUUUUGAGGGGUUUUCUACUGAAUUAUCCAUUUUAUAUUCUUUUGAUAUAUGCUCUUAACACUUUACUGUUGCCUUCGUCAACCUGCUUUAGUCCUGUCAUAUGGAAAAUUUAGUUAUUAUUUUCAGUCAAUAUUAUCACUAGGGCAACAACUCGCGCACUGGCAACAUGGAUUUAUAAGACUGAGGUGAAAUUUCUGAAUAGUGUUAUUCAAGCGUUAUGAUAAAAUGGUAUAAAAUAAAUAUAUCAGAUAAAAGUGGAUUUUUCGUAAGAGUUGAACUUCAGGGUAUUUCCCAUGACGAGCACAGCCAUUUUAUGAUGACAAGAAUAAUGAUAUGUAUUAUGUAUAGUUACUCUAUAUAAUUAUUGAAGUUUAGAAUAUAAUUUGUCACUUGUGACUUUAAAAUCGUUCUACGAUUCAAUAUAUGCCAAAAUUCGGGCACUUUAA